AUGGAUUUUGGCAUCCAGCUGGCAUUGUUGAUGUGGAAGAACUUCACAUAUCGACGCAGGCAGACGGUUCAGCUGAUUGUGGAAGUCCUGUGGCCCCUCUUCUUGUUUUUCAUCCUCAUCUCAGUGCGGCGCUCUCACCCUCCUUUUGAACAGCACGAAUGUCACUUUCCAAACAAAGCCUUACCAUCUGCUGGGACGUUGUCAUGGAUUCAGGGCAUCAUCUGUAAUGUGAACAACCCCUGCUUCCGGUACCCAACCACUGGAGAGACACCAGGCUUGGUUGGGAACUUUGAUCAUUCCAUCAUUUCUCGCCUGUUUGCUGACGCCCAGAAGCUGCUUCUCCAUGUGAACAACCGAGAAGUAGAGGGCAGUUUCUCCCCGCUUCUGUCUGCCUUACGUCAGCUCAGUGGCAAUGGAAAUUCAUGGACAGCCAUCCCGGUCAGGACCUACUUGAGAGAAAAUGAGACUUUCUCUCACUUCCUUGAGGCGAAUGCCUCCCUCCCAACAGCUUUGGUGGAGGAGCUGCUUGAUGCGAAGCUAAGCCCACGUGUGUUCUCUCCUGCUGGCUUGUCCUUGAAGGAGAUACUUUGCGAUGCGUCAGUUUUCACAGAGUUUCUGACAGUGAAGGAAACGGGGGCGGCUGAGGACCUGCGGAAGGGGCUCUGUGCUUUGCCUCUCCCCACUCUUCAGGCCAUGGAACGCAGCUUCCUCUCCCAGAUAGACUGGAUCAAAAUAUUUGCAGCUUCCCUGGAAAACCCCGUGAAGCAGACCCCUGGCCCCUCUGGCUCUGCAGAGCCUCCUCUGACCAGCAGGGGCUCGCCGGGGUUUCAGGCUGCCCUCCUCUCCCCUCAACAGGAGCACCUGAGCUCUGGAUCAGAUGACACCACAGACCCUGUCGAGUCCCUGCGUGACUUCCUGCGGGGCACUGAAUCGCUCAUGAAAGAGGUCUCCUCAAUGACCAGCUUUGUGGAAUUCCGUGAGGCGUUGCAGAAUCUGUCUGGAGGGGGCUCUACGUCUUCCCCUCAAGGAGCGUUUGAAACCGUGUCUCGCAUUGUGUGUGGCCACCCGGAAGGGGGUGACCUGAAGAUCCCGUCCCUCAAUUGGUACGAAGACAAUGACCUCAAGAGCUUUCUCAGCCGCAACGGAUCUGAGCAGAAGUCUGCCUCCUUGGGCAAUGCCACGAGCCCCUACUGCAAAAAUUUGAUCAGAAACUUGGAAUCCAACCCUCUGUCCCGCAUUUUAUGGCAAGGCAUCAAACCCCUUUUUAUCGGCAAGAUUUUAUACACUCCUCCUACACCAGCUACACAGAAGGUCAUGGCUGAGGUAAACCGGACUUUCCAGAACCUGGCUGUACUGCGUGAAGUAAGGGGGGCUUGGCAGGAUCUCGGUCCCCAGAUCUAUACCUUCAUGAACACCAGCCUCGAAGUUGCAGAUCUUCAGGUCUACUCAGAGGGUCAGGCUUACACUUGGCGCAAGGCCUAUGCUGAUGUGGAUGAGAUUAUUGGCACCUUGUCUCAAUUUAUCGAGUGUGUCUCACUGGAUAAGAUCGAGGCCGUGGCUUCUGAAGAGCACCUCAUAUUGCGAGCCUUGCAGCUGCUGGAGGAUCGCCGGUUUUGGGCUGGAGUUGUGUUCCUGCCGCCAGAUAACCAAAGCAAGCUUGGCCUGGACUUGCCGACCCGUGUCCACUUCAAGAUCCGCAUGGACAUUGAUGACGUCACCCGCACCAACAAGAUCAAGGACAGGUUUUGGGAUCCAGGGCCGGCUGCCGAUCCCUUUGAAGACUUGCGGUAUGUCUGGGGUGGCUUUGUCUACGUGCAGGACCUUGUGGAACAGGCAGUGGUGCAGGUUCUCGCAGGGACGCCAUCGCCACGUCACACUGGCAUCUAUGUGCAGCAGAUGCCUUAUCCCUGCUUUGUUGAUGAUGUCUUCCUGCGUGUCUUAAACCGCUCUCUGCCUCUCUUCAUGACGCUGGCUUGGAUCUACUCGGUGGCCAUGAUCAUCAAAGGCGUGGUCCAUGAAAAGGAAGCUCGCCUGAAAGAGACCAUGAAGAUUAUGGGGCUGAAGAGCGCCACCCUCUGGCUCAGCUGGUUCCUCAGCAGCGUGAUCCCUUUCCUCAUCAGCGCCUCAUUGCUUGUUCUCAUCCUCAAGCGAGGAGACAUCCUGCCGUACAGUGACCCUGCCGUGGUCUUCCUCUUCCUGGCCACAUUCGCAGUGGCCACCAUCUCCCAGUGCUUUCUCAUCAGCACCUUCUUCUCCCGCGCCAACCUGGCCUCAGCUUGUGGGGGCAUCAUCUACUUCUCCUUCUAUCUGCCUUACGUGUUGUGUGUGGCUUGGCGUGACCACAUUACCUUUCCUCUGCGGCUGUUCGUGAGCCUCAUGUCCCCCGUGGCGUUCGGCUUCGGCUGCGAGUAUUUCUCCCUUUAUGAGGAGCAAGGCGUGGGUGUUCAGUGGCACAACCUCAACUCCAGCCCUGUGGAAGGGGACCGUUACACAUUUGCCACAUCUGUGGGGCUGCUUCUCUUGGAUGCGCUGCUCUAUGGCCUGGCCACAUGGUACAUCGAAGGCGUGUUUCCGGGCCAAUAUGGGAUCCCCAAGCCUUGGAAUUUCCCGUUCCUGAAGAGUUACUGGUUUGAGGAAUCCUCCACUGAUGGCUCCCCUCAUCCUUUUCCUACAAAUUCUCUCAGCUCCACAGAAGCAUUGGUGGAGGAGCCUCCUGCCCACUUACAGGUGGGCGUCUCGAUCCGCAAUCUGGUGAAGAUUUACCACAACAGCAGCAAGAUCGCAGUCAACGGGCUAAGCCUUAACUUCUACGAGGGCCAGAUAACAUCCUUCCUUGGCCACAAUGGCGCUGGCAAGACCACCACCAUGUCCAUCUUGACCGGUCUGCUGCCUCCCAGUUCUGGCACUGCGUACAUCCUGGGAAGGGACAUCUGCUCGGAAAUGGAUGCCAUACGGAAGACGAUGGGCAUGUGUCCUCAGCACAACGUCCUCUUCGACAUCCUGACUGUGGAGGAGCACAUCUGGUUUUAUGGACGCCUGAAGGGCCUCUCUGGACAGCAGGUCCAGGAGGAGACGGAGCAGAUAAUACAGGACGUGGGGCUGCCCCACAAGCGAUGGGAACAGACCAAGAACCUAUCGGGUGGGAUGCAACGGAAGCUCUCUGUAGCCAUUGCCUUUGUGGGUGGCUCCAAGGUGGUGAUUCUGGAUGAGCCCACAGCCGGUGUUGACCCGUACUCUCGCCGAGGCAUCUGGGAGCUGCUGUUAAAGUAUCGUGCAGGCCGCACCAUCAUCUUGUCCACCCACUACAUGGACGAGGCAGACCUGCUCAGUGAUCGCAUCGCCAUCAUCUCACAGGGGCGGCUGUGUUGCUGUGGCUCCUCUCUCUUCCUCAAGACGAAACUGGGCACGGGCUACUACCUGGCGCUGGUAAAGCAAGAUGCUUGUGGGGGUCACAGAAGGGUGAGCGCUGCCAAUGGCCUUGUGUCCACCAGUAAAAAGGCUGACUAUAAUUCGGAGAGGAGCAGCGAAUCCGGGCUGGGGAGCGAACAGAACAGCGAAUCCAGUGCCUUCGAUGAGCCGCAGCUCACCGCUCUGAUCCAGAAACUUGUCCCUGGCUCACGGCUGGCUGAGGAUAUUGGCCAGGAGGUCCUCUACAUCUUGCCAUACAAUGGAGCCAAAGAAGGCAUGUUUGGGGACUUAUUCCAAGAGCUGGACAGCCGUCUGGGGGAAUUUGGCAUCUCCAGCUACGGCAUCUCUGACACCAGCUUGGAAGAGAUCUUCUUGAAGGUGGCAGAGGACACUGGUGUGGACACAGACGGUGUAGCAGAGACCCCAGAGAGUCUCCACACGUCCACGCCGGCCUCUGUUUGUACCCUCAGGACCCUAAGCGAGGAGACAGAGAUGGCAGAUUCUGAUCCAGCCAAUGAACCAAAAGAGACGGAUCUCUUGCGAGGUGUGGGUGCCCAAGAUUCCUAUCGCUUGACGGGCUGGGAACUGACGUACCAGCAACUACGUGCCCUCUUCACCAAGAGGUUCCUGUAUGCCCGGCGUAGCACCAGAGGAUUCUUUGCACAAAUUGUACUUCCUGCUGUAUUUGUCUGCGUUGCCCUGCUGUUCAGCCUGAUCACUCCCCCCUUUGGAAGGUACUCCCCGUUGCCCCUCACACCCUGGAUGUACAGGCCACAAACUCUCUUUUUCAGUGAUGACUCCCCAGGGGAUGCAGACUCUGCCCGGCUCCUGGAAGCCCUUCUGGAUGACCUCGGCUUUGGCACCAAGUGCGAGAGAGGCCAUGUUCUCCCUCCGCCCACUUGCCUUGAGGGUGUCAGGAAGCAGCCAUGCACGCCGCUGGCCUCACAGUCUCAGAACUUUGUGGUGCCGGAAGUGCCUCGAUCUCUGGUGGAAAUUUUUGAGAAAGGCAACUGGUCUCUGGCAAACCCAUCUCCGGGAUGCGAGUGCAGCACCCAGGCGGCUCGAAAGAUGCUCCCCGACUGCCCUGAAGCAGCAGGAGGGCUGCCGCCGCCUCAGAUGCUGAGUGACUCCGGUGACGUCCUUCAGAACCUCACUGGGAGAAACAUUUCUGAUUACCUGGUGAAAACGUAUAGUAGAAUCAUUCACAAAGGGUUAAGAACGAAGAAAUGGGUUAAUGAACAGCGGUAUGGCGGAUUCUCUCUAGGUGCCCGCCCCUUGCAGGCUCUGCCGGCUCCUGAGGAGGUGAAUGCCACUGUGAAGAAGAUCCGUAGCUUUCUCAGCAUCAUCAAGGGGAGUUCUCUGGACAGGCUGUUGAGUAACCUUAGUAGUUUCAUUGAUGGACUAGAAUCAUCUGAGAAUGUGAAGGUCUGGUUCAACAACAAGGGGUGGCAUGCCAUGGUAUCUUUUGUCAAUUUGGUGAACAACGGCCUCCUCCGGGCCAGCCUGCCAGCGGGCACGGACCAUUCACGCUACAGCAUCACAACUGUUAACCACCCACUCAACAUGACCAAAGAACAACUCUCGGAGGCAGCCCUGAUGGCCACCUCGGUAGAUGUGCUGGUUUCCAUCUGCGUGAUGUUUGCCUUGUCCUUUGUCCCUGCGAGCUUUGUCCUCUUCCUCAUCGAGGAGCGAGUCAGCAAAGCCAAGCACCUCCAGAUUGUUAGCGGCAUGAAACCCGGGGUCUAUUGGCUGGGCAACUUCGCGUGGGACAUGUGUAAUUACCUUGUUCCGGCUGUUCUGGUGGUUCUGAUCUUCCUCUGCUUCCAGCAAAAGUCCUAUGUGUCACCAGCUAACCUCCCAACCCUGAUUCUAUUGCUCCUUCUCUACGGCUGGUCCAUCACGCCACUGAUGUACCCGGCCUCCUUCUUCUUCAGUGUCCCCAGCACGGCUUACGUGGCCCUGACAUGCGUCAACCUCUUUAUUGGCAUCAACGGCAGCGUGGCUACUUUUGUCCUUGAGCUGUUUACAGAUAAGAAAUUGAAUGACAUCAACAUCAUCCUGAAGAAGGUCUUUCUCAUCUUUCCCCACUUCUGCCUGGGCCGGGGCUUGAUCGACAUGGUGAAAAACCAAGCCAUGGCUGACGCCUUUGAGAGAUUUGGUGACAAGCAUUUUGUUUCUCCACUCAGCUGGGACCUGGCUGGGAAAAAUAUCUUUGCAAUGGCUGUUGAAGGAGUCAUCUUUUUCAUCUUCACCAUCCUGGUGCAGUACAAAUUCUUCAUCCGCCUCCGGUCUUUGCCUGUCAAGCUCCCUCCCCUGGGAGAGGAAGAUGAGGACGUGGCCAAAGAACGAAAGAGGAUUUUGAGCGGCAAGCACCGGGGGGACAUUUUGGUACUCCAAGACCUGACAAAGGUAUACCGGAUGAAUAAAAAGCCAGCUGUGGAUCGCUUGUGCAUGGGGAUCCCUCCAGGAGAGUGUUUUGGCCUCCUGGGUGUCAACGGUGCUGGGAAGACAUCGACUUUCAAAAUGCUGACAGGGGACUCAGAGGUGACCACAGGAGAGGCAUUUCUAAAAGGCUGUAGCGUGCUUAGCGACCUGCAGUCCGUGCACCAAAACAUAGGCUACUGUCCCCAGUUCGAUGCCAUCAACAACCUUCUGACGGGUCGUGAACACCUCCAGUUCUACUGCCGCCUGCGUGGGGUCCCGGAGAAUGAAAUUCCUGGGGUGGUUCAGUGGGGGUUAUCAACUCUCGGAUUAAUGCAGUAUGCUGACAAACCUGCCGGCCGGUACAGCGGGGGAAACAAACGCAAGCUGUCCACAGCCAUCGCCCUCAUUGGAGCGCCACCAGUCAUCUUCCUGGAUGAGCCAACAACGGGGAUGGAUCCACGGGCAAAGCGUUUCCUGUGGAACUGCAUCCUGGAUGUGAUCAAGGACGGCAGGUCUGUGGUGCUCACAUCACACAGCAUGGAGGAGUGUGAGGCGCUGUGCACCCGAAUGGCCAUCCUGGUAAAUGGCCGGUUCCGAUGCCUGGGGAGCGUGCAACACCUGAAGAACAGGUUCGGAGAUGGAUAUACUAUUGUGCUUCGGGUCUCUGGGACCAAUCCAGAUCUAGGGCCCCUGGAGAAGUUCUUCCAGGACUCCUUCCCCAGCAUAAUUCUCAAGGAGAAGCACCACUGUACCCUCCAGUACCAACUGCCAUCUCGUGCUUGUUCUCUGGCCAAGAUCUUCGGAGUCCUCUCUGCUCACCAGAGCAUCUACCACAUUGAAGACUAUUCUGUUUCCCAAACCACCCUUGACCAGGUGUUUGUACAUUUUGCUAAGGACCAGAGUGACGAAGAUCACCCUAGGAGAUCAUCCCCUGUGGCUGACCCUGAGAACUCCAUUAGCCGUUGGCGAAAAAUCACUUGUUUCCUGGAAGAUAAAAGCGUGCAAGAAAGCAGAGUCUGA